AAAGUCAAGUCAGUAAUUAAAUGGUGCAAUAACAAAGAAAGAUUAAAAAAUAAAUAAAUAUUAAGUGAAGGCAACUCGCAUGGCAGAUUGGCAGGUCGAUUAUUGGAACAUCCAGAUGGACCAGAUCUGAGGUUGAGCUCAUCACUCAUACUCAUACACAGGCAUACAAUAGUAGUAAUUUAGUUUAGUAAAGUACAGAGGGUGUUGUUAGAGAUGGCAGCAGUAGCAUCUAACCGGAAAAUAUCAGCAGCAUCAGCCAGGGCCCACACCAGGAAAUCACAUAACACACCUUCUACUUUUCAACUUUCUUCAGGAUUGCUCAAAAAAUCACUACUGGUCCUUAUUGUGGGAUUUUUGGCCUGGGGUUAUCAAGCAACUAAACCACCUCCACCUAAGAUAUGUGGCUCACCAGAUGGCCCUGCUGUCACGGCAUCUAGAAUUCAACUCAAGGAUGGUAGACAUUUGGCCUACAAUGAAUAUGGUGUUUCUAAAGAUAUUGCUAAAUAUAAAAUAGUGUACGUCCAUGGGUUCGAUUCUUGCAGAUAUGAUGCUGUUUCUGCCAUAACCCUUACUCAGGAUGUCAUUGAAGACUUGGGGAUCUACAUUGUUUCAUUUGAUCGUCCUGGCUAUGGAGAGAGUGAUCCUAAUCCAAAUCAAACAGUGAAGAGUGUAUCUUUGGAUAUAGAAGAGCUUGCUGAUCAGUUAGGUCUUGGAUUGAAAUUUUAUGUGAUUGGAUUUUCAAUGGGUGGAGAACUUGUUUGGUCUUGCCUCAAGUAUAUCCCUCACAGGUUAGCAGGAGCAACACUUAUAGCUCCAGCAAUUAACUACUGGUGGCCUGGAUUCCCCUCAAAUCUAUCCAGUGAAGCAUUCAGCCAGCAAUUUCCUGAGGACCAGUGGUCACUGCGAGUUGCUCACCACGUCCCGUGGCUUACAUAUUGGUGGAACACCCAGAAAUGGUUUCCAUCUCUUACUCUUAUAGCUCAGAGCCCUGCUGUUCUUUCUCGCCAAGACUUGGAACUUGUGCCUGUGUUUUCUACACCAAAAAGAAAAGAAUAUGAGGCACAGGUAAGACAACAAGGAGAAUAUGAGUCCCUCCACCGUGAUUUGAUCAUUGGUUUUGGAACCUGGGAAUUUGAUCCUAUGGAGCUAAAAAAUCCAUUUCCAAGCAAAGAAGUGGCUGUGCACCUAUGGCACGGAGAUGAAGAUAUGGUUGUUCCUGUCAAACUGCAACGAUACAUUGCCCAAAGGCUACCUUGGAUUCAUUAUCAUGAAGUUGCAGGGUCUGGCCACAUGUUCCCUUUUCUAAGUGGAAUGGGCAAUGCCAUCAUCAAGGCACUUUUGAUUGGAGAAAACACCAUUUCAUAGAAUAAGUUGGGUUUUUGAAAUAUUGUGGUAAAUUUACAUGUAAUAGGUUUGAAGGGCCAAGGUAGCAGCAAUAUAAGGAACACGUUUAUUUUUAUUAAGAACACUAUUUUUCAACAAAUCAAUGUGGGUCUUUUGUACUUGA